AGGCGCUGUGGGGCGGAGCAGCAGGGAGAGGGCCGGGCAGAGGGGCAGCCGAGUCCUUUCUGGGAGGAAGGCAGGCAGGCAGGCAAGAAGGGAGCGAGAAAGCGGCCGAGCACCAUGCCUCAGCGCCCUCCGCCUUGAGCAAGCCUCCCUUUCUCGCUCGCCCCCAGACCUCCUCGGGAGGCCACGUGACUGUGUAACAUGCAAGCCAUUGAUCCCAGAGGGAACUCUCCUGCCUUCUACCAGCCUCAGAAUGGCAGCAGCCAUAAAUCUUCUGGAUAUGUUCCAGGAAGAAUUGCUCCAUUCCGUCCUCCACCUCCUCCAAAGAGCCAAGCUUCAGCCAAAUUUACCUCUGCAAGACAAGAAGCUCGGGCAACAAUAGCCUCUUCGGCAGAUGAGCAGCGCCAUCAAGCAGAAGCCAGCAGAAAGAAGCGGCACAAAAACACACUCAUUUGCUUUGCUAUGUCUAGUUUUUCAUUUUUUCUUGCACUUGGAAUUAUUUUGGGGAUUGCAUCAAAAUAUGCUCCUGAUGAAAACUGUCCUGAUCAGAAUCCUCGCCUUAAGAAUUGGAAUCCUGGACAAGAUAAAGAGAAGAAAAUUGUACUCCGGAAUGGAGAUCUCUUUCGGCUGAACAUGGAUGCUACAGUGCACUCUAUAGUCAUACAGGAUGGGGGAUUACUUGUCUUUGGUGACGAUGAGAAAGGAUCCAGAAAUAUUACCCUGCAAUCACGUUUUAUCCUGAUAAAGGAUGGUGGAGCGCUUCAUAUUGGAGCAGAGAAAUGCCGUUAUAAAUCCAAAGCAACUAUCAUUUUGUAUGGCAAAAAGGAUGACGGUAGUUAUGUGCCAACAUUUGGCGAAAAAUUUGUGGGUGUGGGCCCUGGUGGAACACUGGAAUUGCAUGGAUCUCAGACAUUAGCGUGGACUUCUCUAUCAAGGACUGUAUAUUCUUCAGGGCUGGCCUCUGGGUCAUAUACUUUUGAAAAGGAGUUUUUUCGAGGUCUAAAUGUGAGAGUCAUCGACCAAGACACAGCACAAGUUUUAGCAGCGGACAGGUUUGAUACUCAUGAAUCUCAAGAUGAUAGCAGGAAACUUCAAGAUUUUCUAAAAGCCCAAGAUACUGGUCGUAUUGUGGCGAUUGCUGUGGGAGAUUCAGCUGUAAAAAAUCUAUUGGAUGAAACCAAGACAACCAUACAGAAUCUCCUGGGAAGUAAAUUGAUCAAAGGAUUGAGUUACAGGCAGGCCUGGGCUUUAGUUGGUGUAAUUGGUGAUGAAGAGUCAUCUUGUAAUGAGUCGGUGAGAGACUAUGUGAACCACAACACGGGGAAAGCUCUUGCUCAAAAAGAAUUUGUUACACUGGAUGGUCAGAGGUUUGCUGUGAGAGCUUUCAGUGAGUGGCUGGAUGGUGUUCCAAAGUGGGGUUUCCAGAUUGAAGCAGUGGAUGGAGUGAUACUAGAUCUCUCAGAGGAUGUUAGCAGCUGGAAGCCUGAAGACCAGAUUGUUGUUGCAAGCACUGAUUAUUCUAUGUACCAGGCAGAAGAAUUUAGCCUCCUUCCUUGUCCAGAAUGCAGCAAGUACCAAGUCAAAGUUAGAGAAACUCCUCAGUUCCACCAUAUCGGAGAAAUCAUUGAUGGAGUGGACAUGAGGGCUGAGGUUGGACUUCUCACCAGGAAUAUCGUAAUAAAGGGAGAGGUAGAAGAUUCCUGUUAUACAGGAAAAGAGUGCCGAUUCUUUAAUUACGAUACUUUUGGUGGACACAUUAAGAUUACGAAGAACUUCACAUCUGUUCAUCUGUCCUAUGUGGAACUUAAACAAAUGGGUCAGCAGGUGUAUGGUGCUUACCCUGUUCAUUUUCACCGUUGUGACGAUGUGGAUGAGAAAGGAGGGUAUAACUACAGGACUUACAUAGAAGGCCUCUCAAUUCAUCAUUGUUUCUCCAGAUGUGUUACCGUCCAUGCAACAAAUGGCUUGUUGAUAAAAGACACCAUUGGCUAUGACACACUGGGCCAUUGUUUUUUCUUGGAGGAUGGCAUUGAACAGAGAAAUACGCUGUUUCAUAAUCUGGGGCUCAUCACCAAACCAGGCACACUGCUUCCAACAGACAGAAAUAACACGAUGUGCAUAGCCAUCAAGGACCAUGUCUAUGGGAACUAUGAGCCAGUACCAGCCACUGAUUGCAUGGCUGUUUCAACAUUUUGGAUUGCUCAUCCCAACAACCACCUUAUAAAUAAUGUAGCUGCAGGAUCACAGGAUACUGGAAUAUGGUAUAUUUUUCACAAGGUGCCUACAGGAGAGUCUCAUGGAUUAUUUCCUGAAACCAAAGCUGAACUUACACCGCUAGGAAUUUUUUAUAACAACAAAGUUCACUCAAAUUUUAAGGCUGGUUUGUUCAUUGACAAAGGUGUUAAAACAACCAAUGCAAGUGCUGCAGAUAAAAGGGAGUAUCUGUCAUUGGACAAUAAUGCAAGGUUUCGACCUCACCAGGAUGCAAAUCCAGAGAAACCCCGGGUUGCUGCUGUCAUAGACAGGCUAAUUGCUUAUAAAAACAAUGACCACGGUGCCUGGGUCAGAGGAGGAGAUAUCAUCAUCCAGAACUCAGGGUUUGCUGACAAUGGAAUAGGUUUAACUUUUGCCAGUGAUGGAAGCUUCCCAAGUGAUGAAGGAUCCAGCCAGCAAGUCUCAGACUCUCUCUUUGUCGGAGAAAGCAAGAAUUAUGGCUAUCCAGGAGGCCAAAACAAAUAUUGGGGCACCGGAGGAGUAAACAACAAAACACGCACUCUGCCUAGAAAUCGGACUUUUCCAAUUCGAGGUUUUCAGAUUUAUGAUGGACCUAUUUGUCUCACCAAAUGCACUUUCAGCAAUUUUGUGCCUACUCCAGACAGAUUCACUAGUGCAAUUGCGUUCCUGAUGAAAAACACCUGGCAAAUUACACCUCAAAACAAUAUAUCUCUAAUAAAAUUUGGUGAAAAUGUUUCUCUGAAAGUGUUUUUUGGCAAGCCUGGCCCUUGGUUUGAGGAGGCUGAUCUGGAUGGUGACAAGAACUCAAUAUUUCAUGAUGUGGAUGGAUCUGUGACUGGAUACAAGGACACCUACGUUGGUAGAAUGGAUAACUACCUGAUUCGACAUCCAGACUGUGUUAAUGUUACCAUGUGGACUGGUGUGGUCUGCAGUGGGACUUAUGCACAGGUAUAUAUCCAGACACGAAAUCCACAGAAUCUCACCAUGACUAUGGUGCGGGAUGAAUAUCCUUCAAGCCCUAUGGUCUUACGGGGCAUUAAUAAUCAGAAAGCUGACUUCCAGCAGUACCAGCCAGUUGUGAUGCUUCAGAAGGGCUAUACAAUACACUGGAAUGGACAGGCCCCACAGACAACAUUCCUUUACCUCAUUAACUUCAACAAGAAUGACUGGAUUCAAGUUGGUCUCUGUUACCCACCAGACACCUCAUUUCAAGUAACCUUUGAUGUAUUCCAAAGGCAGGCAUCUGCUUAUCAUAAUGUGGAAGACUAUGUUCCUGUAUCUUCAAUGGCAGAACUACAGAAGAGCCGAACAGAAAAAAUAUUUUAUUUUGAUAACAGCACUGGGUUGCUGUUUUUGUUCCUUCAAGCCAAAUAUCACAGGGAUGGCCACAGUUACUGUUCAUCUCAGGGAUGUGAAAGAGUCAAGAUUCAGGCCAGUUUUCAGUCAUGGCCUGUUAGUAACUGCUUGACGAAAGCUUAUCCAAAGUAUUUUCAGAAGCCAACAGUUGUAAAAAGGAUGCCCACAAAAAUGACUAGUUCUUGUCAAAAAUGUGGCUCUUCUCAGAUGGUUUUUAGCAACGAUCCUGAUAAAACCUACCUCCUUGUGAAAAUACAGUCCCCAGAUAAGAUAGAAUUACAAAGUAACCAAGAAUCUUUUAUCUCGGUCAAUGGUGAUAAGUUUCCAUUGAAAGGUGUGGGUGUGCUCACUGUGGUCAUUGAUGCCUGUUCUGGAAGAGUAACAAAAGAAACAUUUUUCACAGAAGCAAACAUCCAGAACCUCGAAGAUUAUAUAAAAACUCAAAUUCCCCAAAGAUCUAUCGUCCUAUUGAGCACCAGAGGGAAUAUAAAGAGCCUUAACAUUUCUCAAGCCCUGAUGACACUGGGAGCAGCAAAACCAGCGAGUCUUCAAAGAUUAGGGUCCAUAAGCUUUAUGGGUUUUAGAGGAAACUUUAAACCAUCUUGGAUAAAGCUCUUUACCAGUCCUGCGGGGCAGGGCCUCGGUCCUAUAGAAAAAUAUAUCCCUCUACAGUUGGAAGAAUAUGGUUGCGCCAGGGUGAACACCAGCCGACGGAAAGAUUUGGAACUUUUAAAACAGGCUCUAAGAACGCAAUAGAAAUGUAAGGUGCAGAUGAGCACUGAAGACAAUGUGAACUAAUUUAUUUAUUUGAUGAGAUUUUAAAAUGUACUCUUAUCUCAAGUACAUCACUUUGCUGUUUUGAUAUGGACAUAUGCCUUCGUCGAAUGCUUGAAUGCCAGUCUGUGCACCUUUGGAUUGUACAAAAUAUUAAAGAAGUAAAGUAUUUGUUAAAAUGCAGGUUUUUAGGGGAGGAAGCUUCUAAUGUUUGUACUUAUUAUAAAAAAGCCUUUUGUCUGUUAGUCUUUUUGGUGUUGUAUUCUUGAGACGGUGAGGAUACUAGAAUUAUAUUACCUACUUUGGAGAGAUUUGAUGAGAAAAUACAGCAUUGCCCCUUGGUUACCUGAAAGUCUUUAAUGACACACAUACAUAUCUUUUGUGAAGUCUAGUUUGUACAAUUUGUUAUUUUUUCACCUUUCUUUCCAACUUACAUAGUUUGUGCACAUGAAUAGGGACUAAUAUAAGCCAGAAAAUGAGAGGACAAUAAUGUCCCUGUCAGAACAAGUUUAGGUCUCAUAAUAGUAAGAUGGAAAGAAAGUUACUGUAUAUUCUCGAGUAUAAGCCUAGUUUUUCAGCACAUUUUUUAUACUGAAAAAGGCCCCCUCGGCUUAUACUCGAGUGAGGGUUGUGGUGGGAAAGUGUGGGGCUGAAAGAAGUCCUUUGCAGGGCUUCUACCAGCUGUGUGCCUUUUGGCACAGCAACCCAGCUGGAUCUCUGUGCUGAGAGAGGUGGAGAGGGAGGUGUGCGGCCUCUCCUCUUGGCAUAGCCACCUACCUGGGUUGCUGUACCGAGGGGAGAGAAGAAGCCAUAUGCCUCAAUUAAUGCAAUUUUAUCGGUUUCUGUUUUUAUUUUGAAAUUUACCAAUAGCUGCUGCAUAUCCCACCCUAGGCUUAUACUCGAGUCAGUAAGUUUUCCAAGCUUUUUGUGGUAAAAUUAGGUGCCUCGGCUUAUAUUUGGGUCGGCUUGUACUCAAGUAUGCACAGUAUAUAAUUCCCACCUAAAUUUUCAUAACUAUCAAUGUGCUGGUAAUUGAUGUUCCCUUCACAAAUAUUAGAAUGCAUCUGCUCUCUCCUCAGAUGAUGAAGAGCCUCGUGGUCCCUUAGCAUUUACCACUUUGAAAUGUCUUAUGUGGUUACAUCAAACAUUUGAGAUGCCAGUCUCUACUGAAGCAGUAAUGAAUCCCUUACCACAGCUCUGAUUGUUUCCCUACAGUUUUAGAUGGUUUGUGUGACCAGUGAGAUCAGCAUUAUGUUUUGUUGCCAUAGACAUCAUGAAACAAAUCAAGCCUAAACAUAUCCCCAAACUAGCAAAAGCCAAAAGAUGAUUUCUCAGUUGUUCAUUCUGAGAGAUGUCUCUACAUUUGAGUGAUGUCAUCAGCUAACUGGUAGAUGGUGUCAAAUCUUCUGACUUUACCAGAGAAAAGGCAACUGUGCCUUCCACUUAUACCCCAAUGCUAUCUUUUUAGACUCCGUACUGCUCCUACAAGCUCCAUCUUCAUUUUAGAUUUAUUCCUGCUAGGAUUCCCUUCCUUAGCGUGGCACACAGGUCAAUGAGAUUAAAAAGCUUGAGAACUUGACUCUGUGGAAUUUCCCCUGAGUGUGUCUGUACUCUAAGAAUAGACGUUUGAUGCUACUUUAAUUUCCAUGGCUCCAUUCUAGAGACUAGUGAAUUAAUUGGAAUUCUGAGUUCAUCACCAAACUAAAAAAAAACCCCAGCAUUCUGUAGGAUAUACUAAUGGCAGCUAUUGCAACAUCAUGUUUCUAUAUCUGCUAGAGCAGAUACAAUCAUCAUCAUGUCUCUUGCUAAUCUAGUGAAGCUCUUUUUUUAUUUAUUUGUCAUGUCAGGAUGACCAGUCAAAUUAUAUUAGAUUUCUAACAGAACAAAGCAAACAAACAGACAAAAUACAAAAUUUGCGGGUUUGGUAGCUGAUUAAAUGUCCUUUGACCAGUAUCUGGCCACUUGGAGUGCUUCUGGUGUUGCUGCAGGAAGGUCCUCCAUUGUGCAUGUGGAAGGGCUCAGGUUGCAUUGCAGCAGGUGGUCAGUGGUUUGCUCCUCUCCACACUCGCAUGUCGAGGAUUCCACUUUGUUGCCCCAUUUCUGAAGGUUGGCUCUGCAUCUCGUGGUGCCAGAGCGCAGUCUGUUCAGCGCCUUCCAAGUUGCCCAGUCCUCUAUGUGCCCAGAGGGGAGUCUCUCAUUUGGUAUCAGUCAUUGGUUGAGGUUCUGGGUUUGAGCCUGCCACUUUUGGACUCUCACUUGCUGAGGUGUUCCAACGAGUGUCUCUGUAGAUAGUGAAGCUCUGAGAAGAAAUCCUCAUUUCAUGAGGAAACUCACUUAGCAAUUUGAAAUCCAGCAAUUCUUUCUUCUCAGAGCUUCUCAGAGCUAGUGAAGCUCUGAGAAGAAAGAAAGCUGGAUUUCAAAUUGCUAAGUGAGUUUCCUCAUGAAAUUUAGACUAUGGAGCUUUGGACAAAACAGGAUACUUUAACUUCUUUUCCUUCACAUGAGUGGGGAGGAAAGGAUGGAAAAGAAUGAAUGAGAAAAUGUGUUAACUACCAGAAGGCAGUUCCUACCCAAGCAGGUUGUGCCAGCAUGUCAUUGGAAACAGACUGCAUGCAACACUCCUUAUGCCUUUUCUAAUUAUUUGAAUAAGCACUUUUGUGGGAACAUGAGACCAUAAGCACUCCAUUAAAAAAGGUUUUAAGUACUUGAUGUAACCGAAGGAGGCAAAGCUUGACUUAAAGCUGAACACUUCUUUUUGAGAGAUGGUCUGCUAUAAGUUAUAACUGAAGACUGAUACAGCAAAGAGAGCGGGAUUGGCACAACCUACUAGGCAACAGGAGAAAAGGAACCUCUUCUCACAUUUGAAUAAAUCAUGAUUUUCAAAAACCUCUUAAAUUGAAUUUUAUUUUUAUAACAAUACAGACUGAAAUUUUUUGCAUCAUUAGAGAGAGUAGGAAAAGUGAGUAAUUGCAAUAUUCUUACAUCACAGUCUCUUCUUAGUUUCCUUAUUUUAAAGAGAUCCCUAUGUAAAACAGAGUUUUCCUGUCUUUCCCGUGCCUUCCAAAGUCAUCUCCAGAUAUUUGAGAGGGGAGGUAAUGGCUACAGGGAGACACAGUUAAAAGCAAAGUUGGUGUGAAUCAUUCCCCACCAUCAUCACCACCACCAUCUCAUGAACAGAAAGACUGCUCUGUGACCUUGGGGAAAGACAUUUUUAAUUUUUGUGUUCUAGGGACAGUCUAGUCAUUGGGGUAUAUGCAAGGGGAAAAAUGAGUUUUAUCCUAGUCUAUGAGGGGAAGCAAUUCUUUUCCAUGGGAAAAACCAGCCCAUGACUUUUGAGAAACAGAUAUGGACUAUUUCCAAGAUACCUAGAACCAAAGUUUUCAACUUUUGACUCAUGUGAUGUUUUGGAUAUGGGUUUGCAUAAUCCCCACACAUUGGCAAUUCUCCUUUGGGCUUCAACGAGUUGAAACCCAAAAUAUGUGGAAAGGUAAAUAUUAGAACCACUGGGUUACGCUAAAUUUCCAAUAAGUAUUUUUUCCCAUUCUUUUAUUUAUAUCCAAAUUCUCUAAAUACCCACAAGGAUCUCCAGAACAGGAAAAACAACUGUUUUAAGCUUUGCUAACUUUGCACACUAUACAAAACACAUGUACAUGCUGCCUGUAUUGUAACAAAAAUUAUUUGUCACUGGGGUGCCGCACGCCUUAGUCUCUUGCAGCAAAAGCAGCAUACAUAUCUGUACUUUUGGAAAUUAUUGUGUGCAGGUAUAAAUUUUUAAUGUAAUUGUAAUGGGGAAGUGUUGGUAACUAGAUACUAAGGCUGCAUGUUUCUUUUCAUAUGCACAGAUAUUUAUUAAUUUAUAGUGGGAAUUUUAGUCAAUAAGUUUUCUCAACUUUUUCUUUCAUGUGGAGCUUUUGUUCAUUGCAACAAAGGAACGUAGGCUGAAAAUCACCAGAAAAAUGCAUAUGGAACAACUGUAACCCAUGAACACAGGGAUUCCCAGUUCACACAGUUCCUCUUAAUCCUCAGUUAAUAUUUAGAUAUUUGUGAAUACAAAACAUCAUACAAGGAUGCAUUAGGGAGAGCACUAAUUUACAACCAGGAGUCCUGGAAAGAAAUAUGAAGAUUAAUCUUAGUUCAUUUCCCCACUGGUUAUCAUGAUUCCAUAUUUACUGUCUUUUUAGUCAGAUAGUCUUCCUAUGGGUAUUGUAUUUGAAUACAGAGUUUAAAAUAAGCUUUUACAGAUACGUAUAAAAUAUGUAUUUUUCCCCACAAACAUGCCUUUUGUGCAAGAAAUACAGAGGAACUGGGCUGGUUCAUCAUGUUGCCUUACACAAUAUGCUACCUCAGUCAUUGCCAAUAAAUCAUUCAUGGUAAUAA